AUGUUAGACCUGGACAGUGAACACGUACUCCUCCACAAGGCUAUGUUAGACCUGGACAGUGUGCACGUACUCCUCCACAAGGCUAAGUUUGACCUAGACAAUGUACACGUACUCCUCCACAAGGCUAUGUUAGACCUGGACAUUACACACAUACUCCUCCACAAGGCUAUGUUAGACCUGGACAGUGUGCACGUACUCCUCCACAAGGCUAUGUUAGACCUGGACAGUAUGCACGUACUCCUCCACAAGGCUAUGUUUGACCUGGACAGUGCUUUGUUAGACCUGGACAUUGUACACGUACCCCUCCACAAGGCUAUGUUAGACCUGGACAAUCUACACGUACUCCUCCACAAGGCUAUGUUAGACCUGGACAGUGUACACGUACUCCUCCACAAGGCUAUGUUAGACCUGGACAGUGUACACGUACUCCUCCACAAGGCUAUGUUAGACCUGGACAGUGUACACGUACUCCUCCACAAGGCUAUGUUAGACCUGGACAGUGUACACGUACUCCUCCACAAGGCUAUGUUAGACCUGGACAGUGUACACGUACUCCUCCACAAGGCUAUGUUAGACCUGGACAGUGUACACGUACUCCUCCACAAGGUUAUGUUAGACCUGGACAGUGUACACGUACUCCUCCACAAGGCUAUGUUAGACCUGGACAGUGUACACGUACUCCUCCACAAGGAUAUGUUAGACCUGGACAGUGAACACGUACUCCUCCACAAGGCUAUGUUAGACCUGGACAGUGUACACGUACUCCUCCACAAGGCUAUGUUAGACCUGGACAGUGUACACGUACUCCUCCACAAGGAUAUGUUAGACCUGGACAGUGUGCACGUACUCCUCCACAAGGAUAUGUUAGACCUGGACAGUGUGCACGUACUCCUCCACAAGGAUAUGUUAGACCUGGACAGUGUGCACGUACUCCUCCACAAGGCUAUGUUAGACCUGGACAGUGUGCACGUACUCCUCCACAAGGCUAUGUUAGACCUGGACAAUGGCGCCCAGCAGAACAGUCCAAGUCUCACCUUCAAUUUACACCAUCAUGUGCAAAAAUCUGACCACCCUCAAGACAAUAUAAAGAUAAAAUGA